UUUUUAUAAUGUAAAUAUUGUAAUGAAUGAAUUAUUGGCUAUUAUUUUAAUUGUUUUAUUAUGUUGUUUUUUAUUCUUUGCUUGGCUUUUUGCUCUAGCAACAUGUCCAGAUCGAAUGGUUAAUUUAAUAAGUGGAACAAAACAAAGUUCUUCCCCUGUUUCUCGUGCCAGUGAAGAUUUAUUGGGUGCCGAUGACAAAAAAGAUUUUACCAACGAAAAUGAAAAUAAAAAUAAUUCAAAACAAGACUCCAACUCUUCCCAAACACAAAAUCGCCGUCCAAAUGCAGUAAUUAAUUCUUUAUUAGUUCGAUCACGUUCAAUACCUACAAAUCGUUCGAAUGGAUUUAUUGCUUCGAAAUUAAAUGCCGAAAUGCGCUCUAAUUCGAAAAAGUUGAGUGUUGUGCCUGAAGCUGAUGAACAAUUAACAGUUACUUCAAUUUCUCAAUGUAUGCGUCAAAAUAAUCCUCCGCGGUCCCCUGUAAGUACCAGCAAUCAACAAUCAAUUCGAGAUUCGGCUAUUAAAGUUGUUUUACUUGACAGAAACACUUCAAAUGAAAAAAAUAUUCAACAAUCAGAUAUUGAAAAUAAAAGAGGAGAACAACAAAAACAAUUUGAUAGACAUAGUGAACCACCAAAUAUUCAUAUCGUUUGA